AUGCAGAACGCCUGGGUCCCUGGCACACUCCCCUUGAUCUUUGGCCUGUUUUCUAGUCUCCAAGGAGUAAGCACGAAGGAGGCUAUAAACACUCCUGUUGCUGAAACCCCAGCUCCUUUCAGCUUACUCAACCUCGAGAGCUGCAGGAUCCUGUUUGUCAUCUUCUUGGCCAUGGUACCCCUCUUGUGCAUCUGGGGCCUAGUGAGGUGCUUCUGUCCCAGUUGCAGAGAACUUCAGCAUGACUUCAGAACAGCAGAUCAUCACAUACCUCCAGAACCACCCUCCAUUGCUCCCCUAGAGAGCAUUUGGGUCACCUCCUUGGGUCCCCCACCAUCCUACAGUCAGGUUGUUCUGAACUCAACUCCUACAGAACCACCUCCUCCCUACAGCCUCAGGCCUAAGGGCCCUGCUGACCAGAUGGGAGGGCAUGCCUAUGCAACCCUUUGA